UCCAUUCGAACAAGCCGAUGGCGGCGGUGCGGCUUCAUCGAUCUCGAUGCUUGAUGCUGCUGUUUCGCGGCAUCGAUCUAAGGCGCUAAGCUCAGAAAUGCCACUCAAUCGCUCCGGUGUUUGAGAUAUUACGCGAAGAACAGCACCGAUUUUCUUCCCCAAAAUGGAGGCUCAGCAGCAUGUCUAUCAAAUCUGUGGAGUCAAGGUCGAGUUUCCAUACAGGGCCUAUGGAUCGCAGCUCGCCUUUAUGGGAAAGGUUAUAACCACACUGGAGAGGGCUUUCCGGGAUCCAGACGGCCACUGCAAUGCGCUCUUGGAAUCUCCUACCGGGUCUGGCAAGUCCUUGUCUUUGCUGUGCGCGGCCUUGGCGUGGCAGCAGCACCGAAUGGUAGCAGCAGCUUCGAUGGGUCCUGCUACGCAAUUUGGUGGUGGUUUUAUUCCCGAGGGACCAGCUUCAGGUGCCGAGGAUAAGCACCAAGCAAAGAAAAACAAGCCACCUACAAUUUUUUUCGCAACGAGGACACAUUCGCAAAUCUCUCAGAUUGUUCGCGAGCUGAAAAAGACGAACUAUCGUGUUCCAAUGGCUAUAUUGGCUGCAAGGAAACACUAUUGCACAAAUCAACACGUGUGCAAGAAGGCAAACUUGGACGAUGAAUGUAAAGUGCUUCUGAAGGAUCCACACAAAGCCUGCCCUCAGUUUAAAAAUGUGAAUAAAUUGAAGCAUCACCCGGCGCUACGCAAAGGAGGAUGCCAUGAAACUCAUGACAUUGAAGAUCUGGUGACCUUGGCUCGUUCAGUUAGAGGAUGUGCAUACUUCACUUCGAGAAUAAUGGCUGCAGAUGCCCAGAUUGUCUUCUGUCCAUACAGUUACAUUCUUAGUCCAAUAUUUCGAAAAGCGAUGGACGUUGAUAUUCGGGGAGCUAUUAUCAUUUUUGACGAGGCUCAUAACAUCGAAGACAUGUCACGGGAAGCCGGUAGUGUUGACUUGGAUACAAGCAUUCUAGAAGAACUCCGAAAUGAACUCGAGGAACUAAGCUCGUCCGAAGACUCACAUGAUCUGUACCGUCCUUUGUUUGAUAUGGUCCAGGAACUUCUCAUUUGGAUACGGCAGCAGGAUGAGAAUCUUCAGAGGAAGGAAGUCGACCACUAUUAUUCGAACUGGACAGGUCCGAAGGGACUAGAACAACUCCAAGCUGCUGGGAUUUCAUCUGAAUCGUUUUCUAUACAGCUAGACUGUGCUGUGAAGGCUGCGGGAGCUGCAUCCGAUCCAGAUCCAGAAAAGCCUCAUCUGAGUGGACGUUGUGCAAGUGCAAUGGAAGGUCUCUUUUGUGCGCUGAAGUUCAUGCUGUCAAAACCGGAAUACAUUCACGACUAUCAGAUAGUGGUGCAGAGGGUCUUAAACAAAGUCGAAGGUACUGACGAAUGGCUACACAAACUGAGCUUCUGGUGCCUGAAUCCAGGGGUUGUUUUUAACGAGAUUGCAACAAUUUGCAAGUCUGUCGUACUUACGUCUGGGACUUUGUCCCCAAACGGUUCGUUUGCUUCGGAACUUGGCACUUCCUUCGAAAUGAUUAUGGAAGCGCCGCAUAUCAUAGACUUAAACUCACAGCUGCUUGUGUCUGCUGUUUCCUUCGGUCCAGGAAAUGUACCGCUCAAUGCAAGCUACCAACAUGCAAACACAGUCGCCUUUCAAGAUGCCCUGGGAACUGCGUUGGAGCAAAUAUGCAAUGUAGUUCCGGAUGGCGCCCUCGUGUUUUUUCCAAGCUAUAAGCUUUUACAACGAGUCUGCAACAGAUGGAAAACUACCGGUCAGUGGAAGAGAAUUUCGGACAUUAAAAGUGUUUUCGUUGAGCCGCAAGGAAGCACUGGGAAGUUUGAAGACAUUUUGAAGGAUUUUUACAAGGUUAUCAAGGGAGAAAAUGUAGAGCCUUCCAGACGGAAAAGAAUCCUAACGCCGAAGAACUUCACUUCCGCAGGUGGUCAGACUGGAGCUGCCUUUCUCGCAGUCUGCAGGGGAAAGGUAUCUGAAGGAAUAAACUUCUCGGAUGAAAACGCGCGUAUUGUUGUGGUCGUUGGUAUUCCUUUUCCAAAUCUAAAUGACGUCCAAGUCGCUAUGAAAAAGAACUAUAACGACAACCAGAAAACUCUUAAAAGUCUUCUAGGUGGUGAUCAAUGGUACUGUUAUCAAGCAUUUCGGGCUUUGAACCAGGCAGUCGGUCGUUGCAUUAGACACCGUGGUGACUAUGGUGCAAUUGUGCUGUUAGAUGAGCGGUUUAACAAGGCAAAUUAUACCGGUUAUAUGUCCAAGUGGUUAAGAAAGUCUAUCAUGAGACCGGCAAGUUUUCAGGAAGCUCUAAGGGAUUUACAAGCCUUUUUCAGCAAGUUUGAGAAUACUGGCUCUACGAAGAAAUGCUCUUCGGUGAUCUCAUCCAUCACGACAACACCCUUGCCUGGAGGCGGCGUAAAAUCCUGCUCUCUUUUGGAAGACCAAUCCACAGAUGGUUUUGUUCUUAAGACAAGCUCCCUUGUGCGUGAACGACAACCUGAACUCGAGGAUGUUAUCAAGCUGUCCUCAUGCUGCGGUCCAUGGUUUGAUUCAAAUGCUUAUCCAUCUGCAAAUUUAUCAACUCCCAGAAUCACCAGUCUAAACAACGUGUCUCAGGUCCCGGAAACGGCUAAUUUUUCAUCACCUGUACAAGUGCCAGUUUUGACGGACAACCUUAUGACCAUGGCAACUCGUUUCGACGCUUCAAAAGACGUCAAGAAUCUCUGUUGCCGCAAAUGUGGCCACCACUUAAGUGCCUAUGACAACCCGAGAGCAACGUAUCAAUUGGAAACACUAGAGAAGAAGUAUCUAGCAUCACUCGCAAUGACUGCAACGCCUCUGUUGCGAGUGAUCAUCAUGGAGGCCCAGCAUCUGCACAGCUACCUCAACGAUAAUCCCGGUGGACAAGCUUUUCGGGAGAGAAAUGCGUGUUCUUCUGGGGUAUGGAUCGAAGAGGAUGGUUGCGUGUUCAAGCCUAUUGUAUGUGGCUGGUGCACGGACUUGGACGUCUGUUUGGGCGCUCACAUCUUGGCUGCAGAUCCUGCAAAUAUGAAAUACGCUGGAAAGGUCGUUUUGUUCUUGGAUUCCAUUGAAACUUCUGAUUGCAGUCCAAAGCAAGUUGAGCAGACUCAGUUUUCAGUUGACACUCCUGUACUAAAGAGGCCAGUCGUAACCUCAUUGACUGCAACGGGAAAGCGAAAGCUUCGGACGACAAGCUGACCAGAUCAAGAGAUUCCCUCAUAUUAAUUGUCUUAUAGAUUUUAUGCAUCAGGAAUAUGCGCAGCUUUUAGCGUGGACAACGAACUGGAGAUGUCAAUAAGAACGCAAAUAUCCUUGUCCAUAAACAACCAAGCGCCGUUAAAACGUGUAAACGGUAUCCUGAAUGAGGCAUGGACCAGCGAAAAAAAUGCGCCGUCCUUUCCUCUAGCGAGCAGCUCU